AUGGAUGCAAUUCUGAACUGCAGACCGGAUGACUUGGAAGAUUACUACAACUUGCUCGGAUGCGAUGAACUAUCUACGGUUGAACAAAUUCUUGCAGAAUUUAAGAUUAAAGCCCUUGAAUGUCAUCCUGACAAACAUCCUGGAAACCCCAAAGCAGUGGAGAAUUUCCAGAAGCUGCAGCAAGCUAAGGAGAUUCUUACUAAUGAAGAGAGUCGCGCGCGUUAUGAUUACUGGCGACGAAGCAAAAUUACCAUUCCGUUCCAGCAGUGGGAAGCCCUGAGCAAUUCUGUGAAAACGUCAAUGCACUGGGCUGUCCAAAGUAAGAAGGACCCAAUGCUGGAAGCUCCUGAAUUGAGUAAUAGCAACAACAUAACUAAUGAGAUUUGGACCCAACAGACUGAAAACAAUGAAGGGGGAUUGUCAGAUGGGAACAGGGAGCAAGAAGAUGUUGCAAUUCCUGAUGUGAAACCACAGUGUUCAAAGAAUCCCGACUCCCCAAGAUUUUCAGAGGCAAAUUACUGGCACUUGCGUUUCCGCUGGUCAGGGGAUGCUCCAUCAGAGCUUCUGAGGAAAUUCAGAAACUAUGAGAUCUAAAAUGCAAAAUA